CCCAAAUGAUACAUAUAUUAAUUAUUUAUGUAUAUAUAUUAAGUAAGAAAUUAAUAUAUUAAUUAAUAUAUUAAUAUCAUAUUGUAGUGGCGGUCAUGUGCAUUUUAGGUAUGUAGUAGCAGGGGAUUGUGGGAUUAGGUCCCCUGAUCUAAUUAGGGCUCCGCAGGACCGAUCCUAUUUGCCGACGUUUUUUUUGCAAAUGGCAGUUUUGUUGUUUCACCUUAGUUUAUUCUUCCUGUUAUGUUUGUUUCUUGUUGUUGCACCUAAAGUGUGGAAAGGGUAGAGGUUGAUGACUCCCGUGCAAUGUUAACGUGUUCUAUACCUAUGGGGUUGCUUUGUCGGAAAGGAGAUUGCGCUCUUAGAUUCUCGUGCUGCCUCUUCCUCUCUAAGACUGGUCGGAGUCGUGCGGUGUAUGGGACACGAACAGUCAUCCAGCGAAGCCAGGUUGAUUGACAGUUCAUCUGUUCAACCACUUGGCUCCAGCACUUCCUGCUUCAAGUGACGGACCUACUGUGUGUCGCAAUAUUUUGAUAAUUUAAAUAUAUAUAUUGGGUCCUAAAGCUAUAAAACCCCAAAGAAAGUGCUUAUAUUCCCCGCUUUUAACAGCUAACUACUUCGGAGGGAGCACGUUUCAUCCACAAGAGAAGCUAGCAGCGGUGAGGAUCGUUUAACUCUUCAGAAGUAAGUAAAACAAUCAUUUAUUAUUACGAUAAUGUAUUAACUACUGAUAUGGGCUAUUAGAAAUGUUUUUAACUGUGAGUUGUUCUUAAAGAGAUUUUGCACAUUCGAGGUUUGUAGUCUUUUCACCGUGGAUCCCGCGAUGGCUGCCGCAGCCUGAGACUCUACGCAGUUACAACAUGUGCAUAUCUUUGAUCAGUGCUCAAUUAAUUUUUUUUUUUAAAGUGUGCGUAAUAAAUGGACGUGGUAACAAUGUUAAACAAAUAAAACAUAAAAAUCACGUAAUGAGUUAUCUUCACCAUUGAGUGUUUGUGCGAUUUUUGGGGGGUGGGGGGCUAUUUGUCAACUUAAGGUGGUUUGUUUUUCUUACAGAAGACAAUGUAUUGUCCUUUCUGUGGACACACCCUGGAGUUGCUAACUCCGUUUUGCAGAUCAUGUGGCAAGGAUAUUAAUUUCCUGAAACGUGAUUCAGAGACUGGCCCGCUUGAAGGUAGCACAGCAAAGUGUGCAGCGGAGGCAUUCCACAAUUUCCGGAGUGUGAAAGAGAGGGAAAGGCAAUCCCAUUUCAAAAAAAAUAAAAGACCCCUGAAAGAGCUCAGUGUGAAGAUUUCCGUUGCCGUGAUGCAACGUAAAGCUGGGGAAUUAAAACCUGUAAGAGGAACAGCGUUGCCUCUUGUUGUCAAUCCAGAGAUGGAUGCUGCACACUUACAUACAGCAGCUUUACAAAAAAUAAAAGACUUCAACAGAAAUAUGAAAAGUGGGUCAUACGUACUACUUUACCCUGAUGGUACAGAAGUAAUUACCAUACCAGGAACAGAAACACCAUUUACUCUAAGACAAUACAAGGAGGCACUGGGAAAGGCAUAUCAACGGAUCACUUUGUACAUUUGCAGUGCCGAAGAUUUUAUGCAAUCUAAAUCCACCCCAGAUUCUGACUCGUCUGACUCAGAAGUGAUUCUAACAAGCAGAAGUGUUGCAGAAUUUAAUGCAGCUGAUACACUGCCAUGGAAUCCUCCUUUGAGCAGUACCAGCAAUAAUGGUGGAGAAUCCCACAGGGACUCUGAAGCGAUUUUACUUUCCGACUCAGAAGAAGGCCCUGGAACAUCAAAAUCUGCUCUGGAAACUGUGUGCUAUAGAAAAUACACAGAACUGUAUGCACCUCCUAUAGUUGAAGACCAUAAUGACUCUGGGAGUGGAGAAGACAUCAAUGAUACUGAAAGUGUUGCUGAGGUGGUGCAGACAUCUGUGUCAGAGAUCAUCUCAGACCUGGCUCUGCAGAUCAAUCGCCAAGCCGUUAGCAGAUUUAACAUCUGCCGCUCCAACAUUUGGGAUGGAGCAGUGAGGGGUUUUAAAAGGGGGUCAUUCUCUGAAACCAAGGACCUCCUUGUCAAGUUCUCUGACGAUGAAGGUAGAUUUGAGGAAGGUCUUGAUACAGGUGGUCCAAAAAGAGAAUUUCUCUCCCUUUUAAUGAAAACCCUUAACAAACGACCCAUAUUUGAUGGUCCUGAAGACAGACGAUAUCUUGUCUACAACUCCACAGCAAUCAGAGAGGAUGAAUACAGUUUGGCAGGAAAGAUGAUUGCCACAUCCAUUGUACACGGCGGACCAGGUCCUAAUUUUCUCUCAAAAGACCUGGUCAACCACAUCUCAGGGCAGUCCGGUUUCAAUCCAUCUAUUGGAGACAUCACAGAUGAAGAAAUAGGGAAAGUGCUGCAGCAGAUUGAAGAUGCUUCCACGUUGGAAAUCCUGCAAGACCUGAUUGUCCAGCAUAGCACCAUGUUGCAGACUGCAGGAUGUUUGAAACGUGUUGUCUCAGUGGAGGAAAAACACACUGUCGUGAAUGAGUACCUUAAGUGGUACAUAAUUGACAGGAACUGCACAGCAAUUCAAAGGUUUAAAGAUGGACUUGAAAGCUUGCAUUUUCUGGCAGCACUCCAACAGCACCCUGAGGUCCUGGCCCCUGUUCUCUGCCAUUCAAAUGUCCGGUUAUCUGCUAUGGACAUGGAAGAGCUUUUUGAACCCCAGCUCAGUCCUCUCGGCAGCAACAUGCGCAUUCUGGAGAACACAGCAAGAAGUUUCUGGGCAGACUACCUUUUGGACUGUGAAGAAGAUGACAGCUCUGUGACCCUGGAGGAAAUCUUAAUGUUUGCCACAGGUGUGCCAUGCAUCCCUCCUGCUGGCAUGGAUCCUAAGCCACACCUUGAAUUUAUUGGCAGUUCAAUGUUCCCCAUGGCGAAUACAUGUGCCAACACUUUGAAGCUGCCUCUCUUGAAUGACUAUGACACGUUUAAAACAAACAUGAACUUUGGGAUUAAGAAUUCCCCUGGAUUUGGAUGUUUUUAAACAGUCUGAAAAAGUCUAAAAAAAUUGCAAAGCAAACGAAAGAAGAAAGACAAGAGUGGUUUUGUUCAGGAAGGGGAAAUUUAUUUUGCUUUUUCAAAGAUUUUAGGUAUUAAACAAGUGUUUUUUGUUCUGUAUUUUAUAUUCCUAUUUAAAAAUGUUCCAGUGUUUCUGUGUGCCAAUGGGUAAUAGAUGAAAAUAAAAUGUUUUGACCGUC